UCUGAUGUCGCCCCCGGUCCUCCAAAUCGCUGAUCCAUCUCGACCGUUCGAAGUCUUGACGGACGCUAGGGAUUUCGCCAUCGGCGCGGUACUGUCACAAGAUUUCGGCGACGGACUCCAACCAAUCGCGUACGAGUUCCGGAAAUUGCAGGCAGCCAAGCGCAACUACCCCGUCCACGGCAAAGAAAUGCUCGCCAUAGUGCACGCGCUCAAAGUAUGGCGCUGCUACCUGAGGGGAGCCGACGUGACAGUACGGACAGACCACAAACCCAUACAUUUCCUCCGCGUGCAGUCGACCCUCAACCCACGACAGAUUCGCUGGCUGGAUUUUCUGGAGAGCAACUUCCACUACACAAUUGCGUACAAAUGAGGGGCGAAUAACAUCGCCGAUGCACU